CCACAGACACCACGCCAGUCUCGCGACACUUCGAACCAAUCCCCCGUGCUGCCCCCACUCCCACCCUUCCAGCAGGCGUUCUCGGGCGUCACCAUUUCGGCGCGCUCGUCGUUCUCGAGCCAGGACUCGAUGCUCUGGAAAGACGCGCCAGAACGUCCCCCGCUCUCGCCGAAACACCCCGGAAGGAAAACGCGCCCCCGCUCGCUGUCGAGAUCCCCGCAACCGGAUCCCCCGUCGCCCGAACAACCGCCUCAGGAACAGCGGCAGGAACAACAGCAGGAACAACAGCAGCCGGCCGAACCCACACCAUCGGAUCACAGUCCCAUCGAACUUGACUUUGGCUUCCACGCGGUUACAGCCGAGGAGCCAAUAGUGCUUCCCACCAGGUCAUCGACGCAAUCCUCUUCGCCCACAUCCAUGCGGGAAACAUCGCCAGUACCUGUUCCGGAGCCGAAGAAGAAGGAGAGGCGAGGCUCGUUUAUGGGGGGCUGGAAAUUGGCUAUGAAGAACUCUUCGCGAGGAGACCGUAGCAGCCGAGAUGGCGGAGAUACUCCGAUCGAUGAUGGCCCGGUGGGCGUGGGGUCGGGCGGCGGGUGGAUAUAUCGCAGACGGAAUAGCUUCUCGAGCCCCCGCCCGCCAAGUGCCGAGAAGGCGCAGCACAAAAGCUAUGCUCAGGAGUAUAAGGAAUUCCGGAAAUCGAAGCCCACGGAGGGCAGCUCAAGCGGCCAGGGAUCUUCGCCCGAGUCGAACAACUCCACAAGAAUUGGCAGCGGCGCUUCCAGCCCGGCGAAUACGUUCGCGGCGAGAGCGGCGGCAGCGGGCAUCAAACCUUCAGAAUUGCCAACGAGGUCGACGACGGAACCGCUUCCUUCGAAGGCAGAGAAUCUGGUGGGGCUGGAUGUGGCGGUUAGACAGAUGAAGCUCCUAGAGGAGCAGCUGAACACUGGUCGGCCACCCAGCCCUCCCGAUUCUCGAGAUGGCGAGAAGGAAGAGAAGGAAGAGAAGGAAGAGAUCACAGCACCGCUCACCAUCGUCAAGACCAGCGGCUCGACGGCAUCGAGCAUCAAGGACGACGGCGGCGACAAGACGCCAGUGCAGCACAGCAGCGUCACGUCGAUGCGCAACCUGCCGGGCCCACCGCCGGGAAGCCCAAGCCACAGAAAGCAGAAAUCGCUGUCUCCGCUACGAAACGAAGUCGGCCCCAACUCGGCGUCGCCGCCGCCCCAACAGCUGGAUAAGGGCAAGGGCAAGGAACACGACACCUCGAUCGCCUCGUCCAAGCACUCGGCGAGCUCGGUGUACCCGCCGCCAAGCGAGUACCUGGGCAAGACCAGGCCGUCCAGCACCGUUGGCGCGUCGAGACCCCCUACCCCGCCAAAGCCGGUGGCGAAAUUGUUUGUCAUCUGUUGUCGCUGCAAGUACUGGCACGACCUCCCGAGCGCUAUGUAUCGCGGCAUGGUCGAGAAUGGCGGUGCAACUAGAUGUCCGUAUUGUCUGCACGGGAUGGAGACGGCGUGUUGCUCUGGAUACACGUGCGUGGUCUAUAUGCACCAGCGCCAUCAUUGA